AUGUCUGGCACUGCCAGCCAUGAAAGCCACCUUCUGUCACGCGCUGCACCACCAGCAACAAAGCACCUUUCCGACAAAGUCCACGGCAUCCUGAUGGGCGUCACGGUCAUCCUGAUUUUCCCCUUCGGCUCGAUCUGCUGGAGACUGCUCGACGGCGUGGUCAGUGGAAAAACGCUUCUCAGAAUCCACGUCUGCUGCCAGGUCUUGGGGCUGGGAAUGCUUGUCUCCGGAUUCGGCGUCGGGGUCUGGGUCUGUAUCAUUCACAACUCGGUGUACAAUGACGAAUGGGGCCAUGGGAUUCUCGGCACCAUCGUCACGGCUCUAUUCUUGCUCCAACCUGUUCUCGGCCAGUGGCAUCACAUCCUGUACAAGCGCGGCAGAUCGCAGGGUCGCACGUUCAACCCUUGGUUCCGGACAUCCCAUGUCUGGCUUGGACGACUGUUGAUGGUCGCGGCCAUUGUGAACGGCGCCACGGGCAUCGUCUUGGCCAAUAACACUCCGGGCGGAGAGAAGGGUUACAGCGCUGCGGCUGGGGUGGUCGGCUUGAUUUAUAUCGUGAUCCUGUCGCUCUGGUACUGGAACAGAAGCAAGCAGGAUGCUGGUGAGGCUCGUCGUGACCAUGACCAUGACGUGCUGGCAGGACAUGUGGAAGAUAAAAGCGGCACUGCUGUGGCAGUGGGACAGGUAUAA